AUGCCACCGAAACCUCCAUCCGACUUCAAACCAUCCUCAAAGCGCAGGUCCGAGGGGAGCGAUAUCCGUGCCUCUAAACGUCCCCGUUCGACGAUCAACAAUUUCUUCGCACCCCAGAUCACCGUAUAUGAUAGCCCAGGCAUAGAUGGGAUGACGCGCGGGGCAUCUGGUGGAUCAGCCAACGUUACAUUGAGCGUAGAGCAGCGACAGGUCUUGAAGAUGGUUGUUGAGGAAGGGAAGAACAUAUUCUUUACUGGCUCGGCUGGAACCGGAAAAUCCCUACUACUCAAAGCUAUCAUCGCCUCCUUGAGGAGAAAAUAUGCCAAGACGCCAGAAGCCGUAGCUGUGACCGCCAGUACCGGCAUGGCUGCGUCAAACGUUGGCGGCCAGACUAUACACGCGUGGGGUGCGAUAUCGCCCACAGUAGAGGACAUGAACAAGCUCGAGCGCGACAUCCGAUGUGCCAAACCCGCCCUGGCACGGUGGAAGAAGACUGUGGUUCUGGUAAUCGACGAAGUCUCGAUGGUAGAUGGCCAUCUCUUCGAUCGAAUCGCCGGCCUCGCCGUGCGUUUACGCAAACAAUCGCAACGACCGCUCGGUGGUAUACAACUUGUGAUAACAGGAGAUUUCUUCCAGUUGCCGCCAGUCACGAAGAACGGCAAGCAGCCAUUCUUUGCAUUCGAGUCCGAAGCGUGGAAGAAGGUUAUCGACCAUACAGUUGUUUUGACCCAGGUGUUUCGCCAGAAAGAUACAACAUUCAUCGACUUACUCAAUGAACUACGCCACGGCACUUUAACCCCAUCUGCAACGGAUACCUUCAAGCAACUCUCCCGGCCACUAGGCGCCGGUCGUGGUAGAGCUCCACCCACGGAACUCUUUCCGCUACGAAAUGAGGUCGAGCGCGCAAACGCUGCGCGUCUGGACGCCCUGCGCACGCCACCGCAUAGAUUCAUCGCUCGCGAUUCUGGUAACGCAUCCGAAGAACGUCGGAAAUCUAUCUUCGAGAGCAUGAUGGCCCCUCAGGAGCUGGUUUUGAAGACAGGCGCCCAAGUCAUGCUUAUCCGCAACGUGGAUGACCGGCGUCACCUUGUGAAUGGCUCGGUUGGCCGUGUACUCGGCUUCUUCCCUGCCCAAGGCGGAAAGGCGAACGGCGUUGUCCGCGACAUCGUACUCGACGCUGACGGCAAGCUUGUAUCGAAUGCACCGGUCAAGAGGGAAGGUAAUAAGGAGGACAAGAAGUCUCGUCCCAGUGGUGCUGGACUAUCAGAGGAGAAGUUCCCAUACGUCGAGUUCCUCACGCCUUCGGGAAGGGUCACUGUCCUAGUCACCCGUGAUGAGUUUAGAGUCGAGGAUAGCGAAGGGAAGGUGCUUGCGCGACGUCUUCAGGUCCCUCUUAUUCUGGCUUGGGCCAUUUCCAUCCACAAGAGUCAGGGCCAAACGAUACAACGCGUCAAGAUCGAUCUCGGUCGCGUUUUUGAGAAAGGGCAGAGCUACGUGGCUCUUUCUCGGGCUGCGACCAUGGAUGGCUUGCAAGUGCUGGGCUUCGAUCCGAAGAAGGUCGUUGCGCAUCCAAAAGUGAUUGAAUGGAGCAAGACUCUGCAAUCAUUCCAAACUACUGCGCUACCCUCAGUCUCCGACAGUCUGCAAUGUAUCUCGCCCAGCACUUCAUCCUCCAGCACCUCUGCACCUUUACUCUCGGCUUCAACUUCCAAUUGCACACUAGCAUCGACUAGGACCACGUCUAUAGAAGAGGAGCCGCUACAACCUUCAACGCCCUCGGAAUGGGCGUCCUCGCCCCCGGCAUCUCCACGCGCUUGA